CAGAACAAACAAGAAGAACAAGAAACACCCGCCAGUUUGAAAUCUGGAUUUUCAUCGUUCAGUUUGGAUAUAUCAUUAAUGCUGAGAUGUCCCAUAACAUUGCGAUGCAUGAUGAUGACCUUGAGAAAUUGGGAGAAUCUUUGAAUGAGAUCAUCAUGAGCAGCAAGGCAGAAAGCGUUCUUCAAGGAGCAAGGAAAAAAAAGCAGGAGUUCUUUGACCACUACAUCAAGACCAAGAAGACGCUUACUGAGCUCCUAAAUGAUCUUGUGCACACAGAAGAGGUGGUCGGCCAGAAGCUUCUGGAUUUAGACCAACAGAAAAGCCAGAUUAUGCAGGAGAUCAUGAAGAUGGAGCAGGAAGUGCAGAGGAGCCAGUCUAAAAGUCAAAACCUAGACUCAGAGCUGGAAUUUCUGCAGAAAGAGCUGGAAAGACUCAGAGAUGCUGAGCAAGAAAUCCAAACCCUGCAACAGGAAGUGGAUGAAGACACAACUGAGGUCAUUCCUUCAGCCAUAUAUGUUGCUCAGCUCUACUCUAAAGUGACCAAGAUAAAGCUGGAGUUUGACACAGAGCCGCACAUGCUGAAAGGAGUUCACUACGGUGGGGAUGUGGUGACCCCCAUCAACAUAGACACCUCCACCCGUACACCCUGUGAGGUCAGCGAUGAGCUCUGGAGCCUGGUUAAGACUGAAUGGUAGACCUGCUGCAUGUGAACAGUGUUAGUUUGUUUACUGUUUGUUUUAUAUAUAUAUGUAUAUGUAUG